AUGAAUACCAUUGAAGAAAUUGACAUAGAUUACUUGAUUACAUUGAUACAGGAAAGGGAAAUUAUAUGGGACAAGUCAAACGUAGAUUUUAAAAAUAAAAAUUUAAAAACAAAAGCCUGGGAAGACAUAUCAAAAGUUUUAUUUCCUGAUUACGAGAAUUUCACAGCUGAACGAAAAAAUAAAGUUGGUAAUGAUUUAAUAAAAAAAUGGAGAAGUGUAAAAGAUAAUUACUUCAGAUAUUCAAAAAAAUUAAAAGAAGCAUCAAAAUCGGGCUCGGGCGCUACGAAACUGAAGAAGUAUCAUUUAUACAAUCAACUCCUUUUUUUGAGAAAAGUGGAACAAAAUGCCACCGAAUCUAGCUUAGACUCGCCUAGAGAAAUCAACAAUGAAUCUACGUCUACAAAUGAUGACAUUACCACAGACAACACUCCGCGCUAUGUUCCAGUCGCGCGCAAAAGGGCAAUGCAAAUGGAUGAGUUUGAAAGAGAAGGACUAAAACUUCUCAAGGAGCCGGAAAAUCGCCAUAUGUCCUUUUUCAGAGCUAUAUUGCCAUCUAUUCAAGAAUUUUCCGACCGAGAAACUCUCCGUUUCCAAAGUAAAGUUAUACAAAUUAUAGAUGAAAUGCGGUAUGGACAAACAUCAUCAUAUGUGAGUGGCCCAUCAACGUCUCACCAACCACCAUAUGGGUAUCAAACAGCAAAUUUUCAAAGUACAUACAUUUCUGAUUUUAAUAAUUCAAUUACAUCUCCAGAAACAUCUCAAGCAAGUGAAGAAACUGAAUACGAUUUUUCUAAUUUGUAAUUACUGGAUGAUAUCUCUCUUAAAUAAUGUCUAAAUUUAAAAUUAUGACAAUUGCUGAUUAUUUGUGAGUUGAUUACUCUCUUAAAUAAUGUCUAAAUUUAAAAUUAUGACAAUUGCUGAUUAUUUGUGAGUUGAUUACUAAUUAAACAAACCAAAAAAACUGU